AUUAUCUCUAGAAUUAUAAAGGAUUGCGACAUAUAGUACGUUAAUGGUGAAAAUCAAUAAAAAGGUUGUUAUCAAGUUUAAUGGUUGUUAUAUACGGCACACACUCACAAGUGCGUGGUUCUCAUGCUAUUAUAAAGAUAAUUGUUGGUACACUGAAUGUUUAAGUUACCACCUUAAGAUUGAGGAGAAAUGAUAACACCUUAUUCUUAAACAUAGGUCAACUUAAGGUGUGUCCGUGUUGAAAACGUAGAUAAGGAAAUAUUGCAUUUAUCGUUACAUGCAAACGACGUGUACAGUGAAUUUCUGAAAACGAGUCGAUUUUACUUAAAGGAAGUGAUAAGAGGCAUUUGAUAGAAUAUGACGGAGUGACAUUGAGGAAACUUUGUUUGUAUUCGGUUACAUUAAAAUAAUGGAGCGGAAAUAUUUUACGAUUUUCCUUUAUAUAACAGCGCAAAUUGCUUUUGUGUCGAGUGAAACUACGCCUUCAAUCUCAUCAACACCAGUGACAGAAAUAGCUUCUUCGUUAACACAAACAUCUACAUUAUCCAUCAAUCCAACGAGAGUUUCCACAUCAAUUUUACCGACAUUUAGUGGAAAUAAUGAUAGUUCAUCACCAGUAGAAGUUGUUAAUUCUUCUCUUUCCACUUCGUUUUCAGCAACGAACACUCUAUCAACAUUAGUUUCAGAUUCAAAAUCUACUAAAACGAAUAGUCUGAAACCAAGUCAAACGUUUACUUCUCCUUCAGUCGUCCUAAGUUCUACCAUAAACGUGACAACUAAUUCUACCAGCGUAUCACAAACACAUAUCUUCACAAAUUCUUCUAUAAUCAUUACUUCACAAACAUUUUCAUCUACUUUAGAUAUAUCGGUAACAGUUUCUCUUUCAACACAACCAAAUGUGCCUUCAACGGAUAGUUUAAUAGCACCUUCAACGGAUAGUUUAAUAGUACCUUCAACCUCUUCAGUCACCUCACAUCCUUCUCCGACUAGUUUUGUGUUAAGUACAAUAGUGACUUCAGAGAAUCCAACAAGUUCAUCUUUUUCUUCUAUAAAACCUUCAAGCACUUCAACAGUUUCUCCAUCAUCAAGUUCUAUAGUACCAACAUCGACCACGGCACCAGAAAACCGUCCUUCCAAAAGUAAAAAAUCGGGUCUUUCCAGUGGAGGAAAAGCAGCUAUUGGAAUUUUUGUUACAGUGUUAAUUAUUGCAGUAAUAAUUGGAUUACUUUGGAUGAGAAAAAGGAAAUGGUUUAGAGGCGGAACCUCUAUUACAUCUUCUAUACAGUACAAACCCUGGAAAUAUACAGACGAAGCGUCUGUUAAUAUUCAACGAUGAAAGUUUGCCAUUUAAAAGGAGGACACGUUGAAACACUGGACACUGUAAAUAUGACACUAAAUCAUGACACCGUAUGACACUAAAUCAUGACAACCUAUGACACUAAAACAUGACACCGUAUGGCACAAUAUGUGAUUUACGUGAAUGCUAAAUGCUUGCCUCAAUUCAAAAUGAAACAGGCAUGAAGCAUUUUAUUUUCAAAGUGCUUUUUAAGUGCAAAUUAUACUUGUCUAUAUUCCGCAGCACAGAGUUUACUAUUUGUGUGAUUGAGAGGCGUUUAUCGUGAUUGAAAGUUGCGCGAUAUGA